AUGUGUGGUAUUAGUUGCGUCCUUUCCCUGCGCAAGCGACAAGGCUCACCUGAUGUUGCUGGGUGCGUAGAAGGCGUUAUCGAGCGUGCGGCUCUCCGCCGGGCUGUGCGGCGUCGCGGCCCAGACCAGUUUGCGUCGCUGCACUUUAGCACUGCUGCUAUACAUGUUGAGGCGACCAGUUCUGUGCUGCGUCUGCGCGGUGCCGGGGGGACGUGUCAGCCGGCGAUGGUGGUAGCAAGUGAGGGAGAACCACAGACCUGCACCUGCACUAGCGAUAGUGAAAAUGGUGACGGAUCACUUGACUGCGACGGCUGUACGCGUUUAAUACCACUCUGCUCCUCAUUUCUUCAGUGGAAUGGUGAGGUGUUCGGUGGAUCUCUCCAGUUGUCACCACGUGUGUCCGACACGACUGUCGUCCUUGACUGCCUCCACCGGUUAGAGCAACAGUGCGCCGCAGAGCUGCACCGCAUCACCACCACCCCUGGUGACAAUAGUAGCAUAGAGGAGCGCCACGCCGCCGACUUGGCUGCGGCGCAAGUGUCGUUUGCUAGAUCUUGCGUGCAUUUUUUCGAAACCAGCAUUGAGGGACCGUAUGCCUUUGUGUACUACGCGGAAUCUUUGCAGCUUUUUCUGUUCGGACGUGAUCCGUUGGGGCGACGAUCUCUACUCACGCACAUCGCCACCGCGGGACAACACACGAGCGUGGUGGGUGAUGCAGGCGUCUUGCGGCACACUGAUGUGGAAGUUGUCAUCUCCUCUGUUUCGGAAGCACACUGCGUCACGGGCUGUGUAGCUGAAUCAUCCGCUGGCAAAUGCAAGAAGCGGAAGAGGCGUGAGUGCAAUGACUGCGAUGAAGGAGACAAGGAGGAGGAAAAUGAUGGCGACAAAGUAACGCCGGAUUCCAACUGCUGCUGGCAGGAGGUGCCCAAUACUGGCCUCUUCGCUGUCAGCGUGGCGCCGUUCUCGCAAGGCGACAUUUUUGCCCACUACCCGUGGACGUCGGCAAGCAGUACGCACCCAUUGCUGCGCUUCCACUCCCAACCGCAUCCACUUCCAGUGGUGGAAGAGGAAUAUCCACCAGUGCUUAGCUGCCUGCUUCGUGAGGGAGAUACAUAUAUGCACCCUUUGCUGAGGGACUCCACCUCCUUCGACAUACUAGCAGCCAAACGCUACCUUAAAGCCCUUUGGAGGGCCGUGGAGGUGCGCGUCAAAGCUUCUCACUCUGGAGGGGAUUUCACUCGUCCCAUUGGCAUUCUUUUUUCUGGUGGUAUUGACUGCACCGUGCUUGCUGCUAUCGCGCACUACGUGCUACCGGCCACGACACCCAUUGAACUUGUAAAUGUGGCGUUUGGUGACGCCCCGGAGCUCACUCCAGACAGACUUGCCACGUUCAAGGCCCUUGAACAACUGCUUCAGUUGACCGAAGCGAUAGGGGUAGAAGGGAAGGAAGGGUGUCCGAAGUAUUCUCAGUGCGAAAGGGAGUGGCGCCUUGUGCUUGUGGAUGUGCCGCACGGUGCAGAUAACGCGUACGUGCGACGCCUCAUCUGGCCUGGAGAUACCGUCAUUGACAUAAACAUCGGCACCGCGCUUUGGCACGCUGCUCAGGGGCGUGGUCGCAUGCAGCGCAUUUGUGUGGACGACAAGGUUGUCUCUCAACUACACGCCAAGGACUCUCCGUCAUCCGGCUACCACCGACUUUAUCGUGUGUCCGCUGAAAAAACAGGGAAAUACGAGUCUGAAGAAUUGGCAGAUCCCACAAGCGGUGUCGUUGAUGAUGCCAAGUUCGCCCCACUGCUGGAUGCCAUCAUUUCGGAGGUGGAGGCGUUUGGCGGCGAUGCGUCGGCCCUCGUGUUUCUGUCGACGCUGGGAAAAGACCACGCAACGGCGCUGCGCCCCGUUCUGGCACGCCACGGGUACAGAAAAUUGGGACAGUACCUAAAUGACGCGGCUGCAGCUGGCAUGAUUGCCUUCGCCAAACGUGACGAGGCGCCGUCUAAAGCCGUGCGUCUUGUGCGGCCGGCGGAUAUGGCGAGGGUGCGGCGUGUGGUGCCGGCAAAGUGGUUGGCCGCCGACGGCGCGGUUGCACCACUGGGCUUGUGUGUGGAUGAGUACGUUUGCGAGGCACGUGUUCUGCUCCUUGGGAUGGGGGCGGACGAGACGCUCGGCGGUUAUACGCGUCACCGCCGCGCCUUUGAGCGGCGUGGGGCGCAAGGCCUGGCGACGGAGCUAGACCGCGACUUUGCGCGGUUGUGGAAGCGCAACCUUGGACGCGACGACCGCGUGGUGUGCGACAGCGGGCGGGAGAGUCGCUACCCGUACCUUGACGAACAGGUGCUCACAACACUCGCUGCUAUCGCUGCGGAGGCGUCCCAGCGCGCAGCACACACCGCCACGCCGGCCGUCAGCGGCGGGGAUGCUGCGCUUCUGCAGGCGCUGUCGCCGGUGUGCUGCUUCAAUGCGGACGGCGGCCCGCCGGGGGUGGGCGACAAGAAGAUCCUGCGGCGCUGUGCUGCGAUGCUUGGCCUCGGUGAUGUCGUGUGGUUGCAGAAGCGCGCCAUUCAGUUCGGCUCCCGCAUUGCACAUGCGCCAUCUUGA